CUGCAUUGGAUUACUGAAAGCACAGCGUUAGCGGAAGUAACCCGCCUAGCUCACUGUCAAUCGCUAAGGAAGGCUCAGUCAUCAAGGUAUAGUAAAACUAUUUCAUAGUCUAUAUGCUUCAAUUUGCGACCAAUUUAACUUUAAAACAAAUGCCAUAUCUUCAACUGGUAUAUUUGAGACCUAAAUAGUUUCUAUUCGGGGAAUAUAGUCGUUUAAUAUCGCGGCAAAUAUCUCGUAGGCUAUUAGUAGACAACCUUUACCCUCUCGUAUGGCGAUAAGUCAUAUAGCUUGAAUGCAUUUGGUGAAUGAUUUACCGCAUAGUUUUACCUGGAGACGCACAGGUGUGCCACUCGGGAUAUUAUCAUGCAGAAUCUAUGAUUACGUAUUUCGUCCGUUGGUGUUUUAUGACAUUCUAUGACAUUUUAUUAGUUCAAUGUUGAUAGACAAUGUGUUGGAACGAAUCGUCCACUUGUGCAGGGUGCAUUGAUGCUUUGAUUUAUUAGGAUCCCAUGGGAUCUGACAGAUAAAGAAAAGCAGAUUACAGUCAAAAGACUCUUGCGCUCAUUUGAAUGAGUUGCAAUUUCAGUUUGUAGGAUUUUGCAAACAUGUUACAUCGUGUUGUGUUAUACAAGUGUUUAACAUUAAUUGAGCACUAAUAUAGAUUACAUUCGUUCAUAUUGAGGUCAUAAAGUGAGUGCGCGGAAAGUAGCUUACAGUGGUUGUCCUCUUGCUCUUCCUGGUUCGUGGCACCUAAUUAGCCCAUUUGGCACCGGGUUGGGCGUUGGCCAUGGUGGGACGAGGUGCGGGACAACAUGUUCUGGCGCUCCAGUCCACUCAGUUGUAUAGGCUUGAACUGUAAAGGCGAGGGAGUGAAUUUGACAGUAAUUUACAGGCAGCUCAGGGGCAAGUAUGUUACUGUAUUUCAUAUUGCCUUACAUCUACUGUAAUCUAAAUAUAGUACCAAAGCAAAUGCUGUGUAACGACACACAGUACAAUACCUAAGAAAUAACUGUAUUUAUUGUAAAACACUUAUUGCUAAUCUUAAUUAAUGGAUAAAUGAAUGAAAUUCAUUGAGAUGAGGGGUUUGUAUUUCACAGUAUUUUACUGUAAUUACAUGGGAUUGGUGCAAGCAGAUGGCUGCUAGGUAACAUGUUUACACAUUAAAGCAUAUCAAUGACUAUUUUGUGUUUUAUAUCACUUGCUCUUGUAGAGGCCUUAACCAAGGCUUCCAAACGGGUAACAACUACAGGGCAAAACAGACCAAAAGCACAUGGCAAAAUGCUCAACCAGUAAGAUUUAAGACUUGCUGACACUCCAAUUUGAUGGGGCACUAUAACCACAUAGGGGGUCAAUUGGUAGAUGACUCUCACUAACGGCUGGCCCAAAUGUAGCCUCUUACAAGGCACACCUCAAAAUAUGUUAAUGAGUCAGAAACAACAAUACAACGCACCCACUAGUGGUCAAAAGGUUUUUGGCUCUCCAAAAAAUACGGUACAGUACUGUAUUCUGUAGGGUGGAAUUACAGUACCAUUAGAAAUUCAGCAAUUCUUUCCCCACUCACAACAUUUCCCCACAAUUCACCAUAAUUUACAGUAUGAUGCAGUAAAACGUUUCACAGUAUUUUGAUGCUGCUAAUACCCCAAAUUACUGUAUAAAUUACAGUUAAAAAAAUUGUAUUGUCACAUACACCGGAUAGGUGAAGUGAAAUGUGUUGUUUUACAGGGUCAGCCAUAGUAGUACGGCGCCACUGGAGCAAAUUAGGAUUAAGUGUCUUGCUCAAGGGCACAUCGGCAGAUUUUUCCUGUUACAGUGUGGCUACUUCUUGGCGUAGCCAGUAGGUAGCUAUUUAAACGUAAAGAGGAUUAUGUGCAUACUGUGCGACACAGUUCUGGUCAUGUGAUUUUGAUGCGGGUGAUUAGGUAGAUUCCCUUCUGUCAGCGAGUCAAACACCUUACAGAGCAUGACCGUUGGCAGACUUCAAAUGCAAAGUUAGAGGGGUUACCUUGCAAUGGGGAUCCGGUGUGCGCAGUGUCUGUGUCUCCGUUCAUGAGAUUGUCCCGUGAAUGGGUCGAGGGCCUCGGUACCGCGACUCCAAACCCAAUGUGCCAAAUGUGCCUAACAACCGUAAGUGACAUUGUCUGCACUGAUAUUCAGUGUAAUUUAACAUUUUUGUCAUUUAGCAGACACUCUUAUCCAGAGCGACUUACAGUUAGUGAGUGCAUACAUUUUUCAUACUGGCCCCCCGUGGGAAAAACCCCCACAACCCUGGCGUUGCAAGCGCCAUGCUCUACCAACUGAGCUACACGGGGCCCUUUAAUUUACUUUCUCUCUGUUCUCUAUCCUCUGUCCCCACUCUCUCUUUCUUAACCCCCUCCCUCUCAAUUCAAUUUCAAUUUAAAGGCUUUAUUGGCAUGGGAAAUGUAUGUUAACAUUGCCAAAGCAAGUGAAGGAGAUAGUAAACAUUACACUCAGAAGUUCCACAAGAAUAAAGACAUUUAAAAUGUCAUAUUAUGUAUAUAUACAGUGUUGUAACAAUGUGCAAAUAGUUAAAGUACAAAUGGGAAAAUAAAUAAACAUAAAUAUGGGUUGUUUGUUCUUCACUGGUUGCCCUUAUUUUGUGGCAACAGGUCACAAAUCUUGCUGCUGUGAUGGCACACUGGUUUCUCACCCAGUAGAUAAGGGAGUUUAUCAAAAUUGGGAUUGUUUUCGAAUUCUUUGUGGAUCUCUGUAAUCUGAGGGAAAUAUGUGUCUCUCUCUCUGUCUCAUCACACUCUCCUCUGUCACUGUGUACCCUCUCUCUCUUCUCUCUUCUCUCUCCUCUGUCACUGUGUACCCCCCCCCCUCUCUCUCUCUCCUCUGUCACUGUGUACCUCUCUCUCUUCUCUCUCUGUCACUGUGUACCUCUCUCUCCCUCUCUCUCUAUUUUCUCUCCUCAUCACUGUGUACCUCUCUCUCUCCCUCCUUCUCUCUCUGUCACUGUGUACCUCUCUCUCUCUCUCUCUCUCUCUCUCUCUCUCUCUCUCUCUCUCCUCUCUCUCUCUCUACUAUCCUUUUCUUCCAUCCUUAUAGCGCUAUGUCGAACGAGGAGCGGACUUUCAUUGCCAUCAAGCCAGAUGGAGUUCAGAGAAGGCUUGUCGGAGAGAUCAUCAAGAGAUUUGAGCUAAAGGGCUUCAAAAUGGUGGGGAUGAAAUUCAUCCAGGUACGUUAUUCUACUUACUGGAAUGUCUUUUUAUUUUUAUGUAAGCUGUGUAGUCGUAUGCACUUCAGAACAUUAUUAGACAAAAUGGUAUAGCCAAUAAGUACGACUGAAUGGCAGGCUGUCCAUUAUGUAAACAGGCUAUCUGACAGAUAUACUUUAAAAAAACAUGCAUCUUAAACCAUGACAAAAGUCAACUAAGCAAGAACUUGUGCCAAUACACAUUGAUUGGACAUACAAUACAGUACAGUAUGCUACAGUAUAGUGCAGUAGGGUAUAGUAGAGUACAGUAGUAGAAUAUAUUACAUUAGGGUACAGUAGGGUUCAUUAGUACAGCAGAGUAACUAUAAAAAAUAUAUUCACGUCACCAAAUAAUUGAUUAAAAUGAAGGUCUACAGUAGCCUCAACAGCACUCUGUAGGGUAGCGCCAUGGUGUAGCCGUAGGACACCUAGCUUCAGUUCUCCUCUUGGUACAUUGACUUCAAUAAAAAAAAAAAACCUAGGAGGCUCUUGAUUCUCACCCCCUUUCAUAGACUUACACAGUAAUUAUGACAACUUCCGGAGGAUGUCCUCCAGAGAGAGAGAUAGAGAGAGAGAGAGAGGAGAGAGAGAGAGAGAGAGAGAGAGAGAGAGAUGGAGGAGAGGGAGGAAGGGGGAGGAGAGCGGGGGGGAAGAGAAGAGGGGAGAGAGGAGACAGUAGAGGAGGAGAGAGGGAGAGAGGGGGGAGGGGGGCCCUGAGUGAGAAAUGGGUGAGAGGGGGGGAGAGGAGGGAGAGGGGGGAGAGGGGAGAGGGGGAGGGGAGGGAUGAGAGGCCGGGGAGGGAGGAGGGAGAGAGCAGAGAGAGAGGAGGAGAGAGGGGGGUGAUGAGAGAGGAGAGCGGGAGAGGGGAGAGAGAUGAGACGGAGAGAUGAGGAGAGGGAGGGCAGACUCAAGGAGAGGAGGGAGAGAGAGAGGGGGAGAGAGGAGGAGGGGAGGGGGGGGAGAAGGGAGGAGGGAAAGGGAGAGAGAGGAGCGGAGGGAGAGGAGGAGGAGAAGAGAGAGAGAGAGAGGGGGGAGAGAGAGAGAGGGGGGGACCGGGAUGUAGGGGGCGGGGGGAGGGGGUGGCGAAGGUGGAGGGUGCGAGGGGAGAGGGGAGGAGGAGAGGAGUGGGGGGGAGGGAGGGAGGAUGGGAAGAGAGGAAGGAGAGGAGAUGAGGAGGGAGGAGAGAGACGAGAGAGAAGGGAGAGAGAGAAGGGAGAGAGAGAGUUGAGGAGGAGAGGAGAGAGGAGAGGGAGGAUGUAGGAGAAGGAGAGGAGGAAGGAGGGAGGGGGAGGGACUGAGAGAGAUGAGAGGAGAGGAGGAGAGUGAUGGGAUACGAAGGAAGGGGGUGGGAGGCGAGAGGAGAGAAGGGGGGAGGAGGGGAAGUGAAGGGGAGGAGGGGUCGGAGAGGAGAGAGAGAGAGAAGAGAGAGAGAGAGAGAGAGGAGAGAGAGAGAGGAGAAGAGAGAGAGAGAGAGAGAGAGAGAGAAGGGGGGUAGGAGUGGGAUGGGAUGAGAGAGAAGAGAGAGCGAGAGAGAGAGAGAGAGAGAGCGAUGAGAGGGGGAGAGGGAUGAGGAAGGGAGUGUGGAGGAGAGAGGGUGAUGAGAGAGGAGGAGAGAGAGGAGAGAGGAUGAGAGAGAAGAGAAAGAGGAGAGAGAGGAGGAGGAGAGAGUGAGGGAGGAGAGAGAGAGAGAGAACCUCGUGUGGGAGGUGAGAGGAUAGGGGAGAGAGGGAGAUAGAGGGAGGGGGAGGGAGAGAGAGGCCGAGAGGAGGAGGGGGAGGGCGGGAGGGCCGAAAGAGAGGGAGGGGAGCGCAGGAGGAGAGGAGAGAGCGGGGGCAAGGAGGAGGGGGAGGAGGGGGGCGGGAGGAAGGAGGGGAGGGGGAGAGGGAGGAGGGGAGAGAGAGGGAGAGGAGAGAGGAGAGGAGGAGGGGGAGGGGAGGAGAGAGGGGAGAAGGAGAGAGGAGGGAGGGGGAGGAGGAGAGAGGAGAGAGCAGAGAGGAGAGAGAGAGAGAGAGAGAGGAGAGAGAGAGAGAGAGAGAAAGAGAGAGAGAGAGAGAGGAGAGAGAGAGAGGGAGAGAGAGGAGAGGAGAGAGAGAGAGAGAGAGGGGAGAGAGAGAAGAGAGAGGAGAGAGAGGAGGUUUUGGGGGGUGUGUUUUUUUGGGAGAGAGAGAGGAGAGAGAGAGGAGAGAUGAGAGAGGAGAGGAGAGCGAGACAAACACAAAGCGACAAACACGACCCGAGACGACCAGUGGAGGCUGCUGAGGGCUUUUCAAAUGUUUCAUUCCAGCCAUUAUUAUGAGCCGUCCUCCCCUCAGCAGCCUCCACUAGGAUAAACAUACCAGAAUUUCUCCAAUACAAACUCUCGUUUCAAACUGUUGGACUAAUGAUGACACCCUACAUCAGCUAGAUGCAGGCAAGAGUGUGCAAGUUGGUAUUGAAUGUGUCACUGUCUGUCACCUUGAUUACUCAAAUUUCUCUCGACCUGUGCACCUACGCUAUAGGGAACAUGUGACUAUCAUGUAGUAGCCUAAACCUAUCGCUGUUGCAUUGAACUGGGAGAAUGGAAUAUGAAUGACAGUCAUCCAAUAUGCUGUAAUAGAAAUAAGGCCAUGCUCAUAAAAAAAAUAAUCAUACUGUCUCAUCUUCAACGACACCAACUGCCACUGAGUACAGUAGGUUCAGUGCAGUAUAGUACAGUAGUGUACAGUAAGAGUGGGCCAAAAUUCCUCCACAGCGACGUGAGAGACUGAUCAACAACUACAGGAAGCAUUUGGUUGGAGUCAUUGCAGCUAAAGGUGGCACAACCAGUUAUUGAGUGUAAGGGGGCAAUUACUUUUUCACACAGGGGAAUUGGGUGUUGCAUAACUUUGUUUAUGAAAUAAAUAUGUAAUUGUUGUGUUAUUUGUUCACUUAUGUUCCCUUUAUCUAAUAUUAGGUUUUGGUUGAAGAUCUGAUAACAUUCAGUAUCACAAAUAUGCAAAAGUACAGAACAUUAGAAAGGGGGCAAAUACUUUUUCAUAGCACUGUAUAAGCUCUGGUGACGUCCUGUGAAUGUACAAAACAUUAAGAACUCUUUCCAUGGCAUAGACUAUCCAGGUGAAAGCUAUGAUCCCUUAUUGAUGUCACUUGUUAAAUUCACUUCAAUCUGUGUAGAUGAAGGGGAGGAGACAGGUUAAAGAAGGAUUUUUAAGCCUUGAGACAAUUGAGACAUGGAUUGUGUAUGUGUGUCAUUCAGAGGGUGAAUGGGCAAGACAAAAUAUUUCAGUGCGUUUGAACAGGGUAUGGUGGUAGGUGUCAAGAACUGCAACGCUGCUGGGUUUUUCACGCUUAACAGUUUUCCGUAUGUAUCAAGAAUGUUCCACUACCCAAAGGACAUCCAGCAAACUUGACACAACUGUGGGAAGCAUUGGAGUCAACGUGGGCCAGCAUCCCUGUGGAACGCUUUCAACACCUUGUAGAGUCCAUGCCCCGAUGAAUUGAGGCUGUUCUGAGGGCGCAACUCAAUAUUAGGAAGAUGUUCCUAAUGUUUUGUAAACUCAAUGUACACUUGAGCUCUCCAGAUCCAGGCUAUAGCUUUACCAAACCCUUGUUGUAUGGAGGGGGGGGAAAAAAGUAUAGAAUGCACUCAUUACUGUACGUCGCUCUGGAUAAGAGCGUCUGCGAAAUGAAAGAAUAAAACAUUUGUAACAAUGUUGCCGAGACAUGAUUGUUACAGGAUCCUUUACUCCGAUCGAUUCUAUGACUGAUGUUCGACAUAGCCCACUGUAUUUUGCCGUGAUAUGCCUCGUGUGUGUCCCUGUGAUGAUGAUGAUGGGUUAUUGAUGGUUGUGACUGUUGUGUUGUCUGACUAACCCAGGCCCCAGAGUCUCUGCUGAGGGAGCACUAUGCCGACCUGCAGGACAGACCCUUCUUCCCAGGCCUCGUCAGCUACAUGACCUCAGGCCCAGUGGUGGCAAUGGUAAGACAAACGCCCCUUGUUGUGUUCAUUGAUGGGAUGUGAUGGUCUAGUUUCUCCUACAAGAAGACGGAGAAGCCAACACCAUUGUAAUGCUGUGGUUCCUAAUACCACCUGUAACAUUGAACUGCACCAUACAUUUCACCAUAAACGCAUUCACUACCUGUACCAAUGUCGGAUCAUAACUUUGAGCCUCCAGGCUUCAACGUAUUAAGAUUAGUACUCGUAUUUUGAAAUGUAUUUGACCGCUGGGCAUAGAAAUGGAAAAUCAGGAAAAAAUACUGGGUUAAUAAAGUGUUAUCGCUCUGUGUGUGGUGGCAGGUGUGGGAAGGGUCCAACGUGGUGAAGACGGGCAGAGUGAUGCUGGGAGAGACUAACCCUGCCGACUCCAAACCCGGCACCAUCCGAGGAGACUACUGCAUCCAAGUGGGCAGGUGAGAAUCAAUCGCAGGCCUGUACAUGACAUAACACAAUGAUCCUAUAAGCUAAAGGUUCUAUGAAGCCUCAACCUUAUGAUGGAUAAUAGGAUUAUCAUCAGGCCAGGACGAUACCAGUAUCGCGAUACUCGUUAGUAUCGUGGCAAGGAAACAAAACUCGAAUCGGAUUUAGUUCUUUAGGAAAACAGCCAUAAUGUUGGAAACAAACAUCAUUAUGUUGUCAUCCAGAGUCACAUUUAUUUUCCAAGAUAUAGCACACCAUGUUUUAAUACAGCAGGUUUUUAAAGGACCAAAGGGUUUUGUCUGCUUUGGGGUUAUAAUGUUUGCAGCAUUGUAACAAGUUCACUGACAAUUUCAACUUAUUGAUGUGGACAUUUAAAAACCUCUACAGAAAGGAAGGCUGAACAUCAAUUUUUUUAUAUAUAUAUAUAUAUAUAUAUAUAUAUAUAUAUAUAUAUACAUACACUACCGGUCAAAAGUCUUAGAAUACCUACUCAUUCAAGGGUUUUUCUUUAUUUUUACUAUGUUCUACAUUGUAGAAUUAUACUGAAGACUCAAAAAUAUGAAAUAACACAUAUGGAAUCUUUUGAAAACCCAAAAAGUGUUAAACAAAUAUAUUUUAUAUUUGAGAUUCUUCAAAUAGCCACCCUUUGCUUGAUGACAGCUUUGCACACUCUUGGCAUUCUCUCAACCAGCUUCACCUGGAAUGCUUUUCCAACAGUCUUGAAGGAGUUCCCACUUAUGCUGAGCACUUGUUGGCUGCUUUUCCUUCACUCUGCGGUCCGACUCAUCCCAAACCAUCUCAAUUUGGUUGAGGUCGGGGGAUUGUGAAGGCCACACUCCAUCACACUCCUUCUUGGUCAAAUAGGCCUUACACAGCCUGGAGGUGUGUUGGGUCAUUGUCCUGUUGAAAAACAAAUGAUAGUCCCAUUAAGCACAAACCAGAAGGGAUGGCGUAUCGCUGCAGAAUGCUGUGGGAGCCAUGCUGUUUAAGUGUGCCUUGAAUUCUAAAUAAAACACAGACAGUGUCCCCAGCAAAGCACCCCCACACCAUAACACCACCUCCUCCAUGAUUUACGGUGGGAAAUACACAUACAGAGAUAAUCCGUUCACCCAUACCGCGUCUCACAAAGACAAGGCGGUUGGAACCAAAAAUCUCAAAUUUGGACUCCAGACCAAAGGACACAUUUCCGCCGGUCUAAUGUCCAUUGCUCGUUUUUCUUGGCCCAUGCAGGUCUCUUCUUCUUAUUGGUGUCCUUUAGUAGUAGUUUCUUUGCAGCAAUUCGACCAUGAAGGCCUGAUUCACGCAGUCUCUUCUGAACAGUUGAUGUUGAGAUAUGUCUGUUACUUGAACUCUUUGAAUCAUGUAUUUGGCCUGCAAUUUCUGAGGCUGGUAACUCUAAUGAACUUAUCCUCUACAGCAGAGGUAACUCUGGGUCUUCCAUUCCUGUGGCGGUCCUCAUGAGAGCCAGUUUCAUCAUGGCGCUUGAUGGUUUUUGCGACUGCACUUAAAGAAACUUUCAAAGUUCUUCACAUUUUCCGUUUUGACUGACCUUCAUGUCUCAAAGUAAAUAAUAAUAAUAUGCCAUUUAGCAGACGCUUUUAUCCAAAGCGACUUACAGUCAUGUGCACAUACAUUUUUACGUAUGGUGAUGAUGGACUGUUGUUUCUCUUUGCUUAUUUGAGCUGUCCUUGCCAUAAUAUGGACUUGGUCUUUUACCAAAUAGGGCUAUCUUCUGUAUACCCCCCUACCUUGUCACAACACAACUGAUUGGCUCAAGAAGGAAAUACAUUCUACAAAUUAACUUUUAAGAAGGCACACCUGUUAAUUGAAAUGCAUUCCAGGUGACUACCUCAUGAAGCUGGUUGAGAUAAUGCCAAGAGUAUGCAAAGCUGUCAUCAAGGCAAAGGGUGGCUAUUUGAAGAAUCUCAAAUAUAAAAUAUAUUUUGAUUUGUUUAACACUUUUUGGGUUACUACAUGAUUCCAUAUGUGUUAUUUCAUAGUUUUGAUGUCUUCGCUAUAUUAUUCUACAAUAAUGAAAAUAGUAAAAAUAUAGAAAAACCCUUGAAUGAGUAGGUGUUCUAAAACUACUGACUGGUAGUGUGUGUGUGUAUGUGUAUAUACAGUGAGGGGAAAAAGGUAUUUGAUCCCCUGCUGAUUUUGUACGUUUACCCACUGACAAAGAAAUGAUCAGUCUAUAAUUUUAAUGGUAGGUUUAUUUGAACAGUGAGAGAAAGAAUAACAACAAAAUCCAGAAAAACGCAUGUCAAAAAUGUUAUAGAUUCAUUUGCAUUUUAAUGAGGGAAAUAAGUAUUUGACCCCCCUCUCAAUCAGAAAGAUUUCUGGCUCCCAGGUGUCUUUUAUACAGGUAACGAGCUGAGAUUAGGAGUGCUCCUAAUCUCCGCUUGUUACCUGUAUAAAAGACACCUGUCCACAGAAGCAAUCAAUCAAUCAGAUUCCAAACUCUCCACCAUGGCCAAGACCAAAGAGCUCUCCAAGGAUGUCAGGGACAAGAUUGUAGACCUACACACGGCUGGAAUGGGCUACAAGACCAUCGCCAAGUAGCUUGGUGAGAAGGUGACAACAGUUGGUGCGAUUAUUCGCAAAUGGAAGAAACACAAAAGACUGUCAAUCUCCCUCGGCCUGAGAUGUAAGUUCUCACAUCGUGGAGUUGCAAUGAUCAUGAGAACGGUGAGGAAUCAGCCCAGAACUACACGGGAGGAUCUUGUCAAUGAUCUCAAGGCAGCUGGGACCAUAGUUGCCAAGAAAACAAUUGGUAACACACUACGCCGUGAAGGACUGAAAUCCUGCAGCGCCCGCAAGUUCCCCCUGCUCAAGAAAGCACAUAUACAGGGCCGUCUGAAGUUUGCCAAUGAACAUAUGAAUGAUUCAGAGGAGAACUGGGUGAAAGUGUUGUGGUCAGAUGAGACUAAAAUUGAGCUCUUUGGCAUCAACUCAACUCGCCGUGUUUGGAGGAGGAGGAAUGCUGCCUAUGACCCCAAGAACACCAUCCCCACUGUCAAACAUGGAGGUGGAAACAUUAUGCUUUGGGGGUGUUUUUCUGCUAAGGGGACAGGACAACUUCACUGCAUCAAAGGGACGAUGGACGGGGCCAUGUACCGUCAAAUCUUGGGUGAGAACCUCCUUCCCUCAGCCAGGGCAUUGAAAAUGGGUCGUGGAUGGGUAUUCCAGCAUGACAAUGACCCAAAACACACGGCCAAGGUAACAAAGGAGUGGUCAAGAAGAAGCACAUUAAGGUCCUGGAGUGGCCUAGCCAGUCUCCAGACCUUAAUCCCAUAGAAAAUCUGUGGAGGGAGCUGAAGGUUCGAGUUGCGAAACAUCAGCCUCAACCUUAAUGACUUGGAGAAGAUCUGCAAAGAGGAGUGGGACAAAAUCCCUCCUGAGAUGUGUGCAAACCUGGUGGCCAACUACAAGAAACGUCUGACCUCUGUGAUUGCCACCAAGUACUAAGUCAUGUUUUGCAGAGGGGUCAAAUACUUAUUUCCCUCAUUAAAAUGCAAAUCAAUUUCUAACAUUUUUGACAUGCGUUUUUCUGGAUUUUUGUUGUUGUUAUUCUGUCUCUCACUGUUCAAAUAAACCUACCAUUAAAAUUAUAGACUGAUCAUGUCUUUGUCAGUGGGCAAACAUACAAAAUCAGCAGGGGAUCAAAUACUUUUUUCCCUCACUAUAUAUACUUUCAGACUAUCUAUAGGCCCUAAAGAUGAAUGUGUCUGUUUCCGUAUGCUAUUAAAUGCUAAGAAUGGUUCUUUCCUUAUUGUUUCAGGAACAUCAUCCAUGGCAGUGACUCAGUAGAGAGUGCCAACACAGAGAUCAAGCUGUGGUUCCAACCUGAGGAGUUGUGUAGUUAUACAAGCUGCUCUAGCAGCUGGCUCUACUGAGGAUCUGAAGGCUUCCAGUUGCCCCUAGGCACCAUCCACCAACCCUUAACCAUUAGCAUUAGGAGGGGGGGGGGGUGUAAAACUGACCUUAGAUCAGU